AUGUCGCCACAAGUUGUGGGGACCCCUGUCAAAAGUCCUUUCCCAGUAUUAGAAGUCCAAGGUGCUGUGGACCUUUCCUUCAGUCAACAUCGUGUCGCACUCUGGCCGGCUAUACAACAGAUACUACCUAAUGGGUUUGUCUCUGUCCGAGCAGAGCUUCCAGAGGACUACAUAGUCGACAUCGAGAAUCGAAGAGCACGUUUGCCGAUACACGUCGAUCGUCCGUACGGCACCGCCCCUGAAAGUUGGCUGAUGAGCCUUCCACAAUCGGCAGUCAAAGGGCUUGCGGACGCGUACUUUGCUGUCUUUCAUCGCAACAUGCCGAUCCUUGACAAAUACCAUUUCUUCUCAAGCACGCUAGGCACAGCUAUGGAGAACGAAUUUGGGUAUAAUGUUGAAACUGCGCUAGUGCUCAACGUACUCGCAUUGGGUUGCCUGGCUGUCAAAGCCCAUGAGGAAGGGGAUUUUGCUCUUCCUUCGCGUCACUCUGCGGCCAGACGUGGCUUUGAACACCCAGACUGGUACGAACUCGUCGCAGAUGACCCACCAGGGCUCAAAUUCUUCAAUGAAGCGAGACACCGCUUCGGUUUCCUGAUGUGCGAGAAUGAUAUACAAGCGGGUCAAUUCUACAUGCUUUCGACACUCUACCAUGCCCAGAUUUUACGACCUCUCGAUUCUUGGACCACCGUGAAUCGGGCAGCCCUCUGUUGCGCUAGCAUUCUUACCCGCUCGGGGGCGAUCGACUACGAUACAUGGGAAGGUGACAUGUUAUCGCGACUCUUCUGGUGUACUCUAAUGUACGAGACUGUCAUCACACAAGAAUUGGAUUUGCUUCCACAUAGUGGACUGUUGGACUACGAGCCAGAUACACCUCUACCGAAAUUCACCCAAUGCCCACGGCCGAAGACUUCUAUAUCAGGGUUGCUCACUGAUGAAGAUGACUCUUUUUUCAAUUUCCACUUCCUCGCUCAAGCCGCUCAUCGCAUUAUCCUGACGCGCGUGAAGCAGAGUCUGUACACCUUUGCUGAGAAGGACGGCUACCCAAGCGCCAGCUUGACAGCCGAAAUGCAUCACCAACUCGAGCAAUGGCGCGCAAACCUCCCACCGUCUCUUCAAUUCUUGGACGAUGACAACACCAGUGAUUCCCCCAGCCCCGCGCACGUCAUCGCAAAAGCCAUGCUACGAAGUCGCUACCUUGUCGCAAAAUUCCACAUCGGCCGUCCAUUCCUCUACAAAGCGCUGCAUGCGCCAGCAUACACGAGUGAUGCAGAUUACAACGAGGUGCGCGAAGGACUUCGAGGUGGUAUGUACUGGCCGACUACCAUGGGACUUUGCACCCAGAUGAUAUCAGCUCUACCAAUAAAAUUCGGAUGGUGUUGUCAGUGCUUCGGACAGGUGUUAUUGUUUCACGCCGUAGCGCGGUCGCCGGACCCAAAGUUGCGAGAAACGCUGCCGGAGGGAUGGCACGAGUGGGUAAGCAUCAUGAUGACACUUAUCGAGAGUUGUGCAAGGAGUAGUCCUGGUAUCGCAAAGGACUACGAGUUAUUGCGCUUGUUGGACGCCUAA